AUGACACCUGAUAACAGCAUCCACGCCGCCCACCUGCCAUCUAUCGAACCCACUCGAAGUAGCUCAAGGCACUCGACCGCACGCAAUGGCUCCAGCACCGCCUUUGAGGCUGCAACGGCCGAUGAGAACGAGACUAUCGCUAGAAACGUCUCGCACAUGACCGAUGUCGAGAGCCAGACUACCGCCACCGGACGUCGGCAGCCGAGUCCCAUUGAUAAUGAUCCGUAUGGCCUCUCUCGUGGUUACAAAACGGAGUCUGAUCUCGCCGAUAUCAAAGCCAAUACGUCGCGGAAGCGGGAUAGUCUCCCUGGGCGCAAAUGCUUACCCGGCAACAUCGGUUCCAAGAUCAAAGCUCGUAAGCUGCAGGGUUUCUACAAAAAUCAAAAUGCGGCAAUUGAUCGCAUGCUCAAGUCGGUCGAGGAACAUCGUGACGAAGCUCGCGAUCAACAUAGUGAGGAUCAGCUCAAGUUUCGUAUUGCAGUUUGGGGUUCUUUGGCAGCCAACGUUCUGCUGUCGAUCCUUCAGCUUUUCGCUGCCAUCUCGUCGGGCUCGCUUUCGCUUUUCACCACCAUGGCCGACUCUGUUUUCGACCCUCUUAGUAACCUCACCCUCAUCCUGUCGGCGAGAGCCAUCCGCAGUGUCGAUGCUCGACGUUUCCCUGCUGGCAAGGCUCGUCUUGAGACCGUAGGAAAUAUUGUAUUCUGCUUCCUCAUGAUUGCCGUCUCCCUCAUCAUCAUUGCCUUCGCAUGUCAAGAGUUGGCACAGGCGAAAGCUGACAAGGACUUUCAUCUUCCUGCUGUCAUCUCGGUCUGCUGCGCUUUCGCCACCAAGUUCGCCCUUUUCCUCUACUGCUGGGCGCUCAAGGACAAAUAUAGCCAAGUAAAUAUCCUCUGGCAGGAUCACCGCAAUGAUCUUCUCAUCAAUGGUUUUGGUAUUCUUACUGCCACUGGUGGCGCAAAGCUGGUCUGGUGGAUUGAUCCCAUGGGCGCCAUCUUGCUGUCGCUCCUUAUCUCUUGCAUCUGGCUACGUACCGCUUUCGGCGAGUUCCUGCUUGUGGUCGGCAUCACAGCUCCUGUUGAGACGCAGCAGCUUAUCACAUAUGUGUGUGUCACGCACGACGAUGCAAUUGUUGGCAUUGACACGGUUCGUGUUUAUCACUCGGGCCCUCGCUUGAUCGCCGAGGUGGACAUUGUCAUGGACCCGACACAGACUCUCCAGGAGAGCCACGACAUUGCAGAGGCGCUUCAGAUCAAGCUGGAGGAUCUCCCUGAUAUCGAGCGAGCAUACGUUCACAUCGACUACGAGACCACUCACAAACCAGAACACGCAUUUAAGAAGGACAUGUAG